UCAGGCAGCAUGCAGCAAACGCUUCAAUCAGAGCGACCUGCAGCAGCAGCAGUGCAGCCUGUCUCACCUUUAACUGCUGGAGCUGCAGCUGGAUGAACUCCUGCUCGCUUUAAGCAGGUUUUAAACUGGAGAACAAACUAAAGAGGAGCUCCUGGAUGAGUUUUGGCGUGUCUGGAUUGUUUUUUUUCCCCUGAAGGUGUCAUCACCUGGAUUUUCUCCUGAGACAGUUUGAGAAAGAACUUUUUUUCUGUGUUUUUUCUGUGUUUCUGUGCUGCUGUGGGAACAAACCAUGUUCUUCUCCAGGAGGCUCCUGCAGCAGUGGUGCUUUGCUGUCUUCUUGCUCUGCUCUCCGGUGCCACACUUUGGACGGCCGAUUGAUGCCCCGAGCAGCAGAAUUAAACGCUCUGUGAGUCACGCUCAGCUGAUGCACGACAAAAGCCGGAUGAUGAGGGACCACGAGCGUGUUUUACUCCUGAAGGCGCUUUUGGACGAAGUCCACACGGCGGAGAUCCGCGACCUCCCCGUGCGGACCACCGGAGGAGGCGGGAGCAGCAGCGACGCCGGCGUCGGGCUGCCGGCGGUCGGCCAGAGCAUCAACCUGAGCACCACCGGCAGCACUCUGCACUCCAAACCCCCCGGAGGCACCAAGAACCUCCCCAUCAGCUUCCGGCCGGAGGAGGAGGAGGGCACCAACCUGCCACAGGAGACCAACAAGUCGCAGACGUACAAAGACGGUGUGCUGAAAGCGCCCGGCAAAAAGAAGAAGAAAGGGAGGUCCGGGAAGAGGAGGGAAGGCGAGAAGAGGAAGAGGAGGGCACGCUCUUUGGGCUGGAGGCUGGAGGAUGAACUUGGGAGCGGACUCCACCUGGAGUGGAGGUCUCUGCUCGGCCUGCAGAGGGCGCUGCAUUAAAACGCUGUCAGUCUCUGACGAAGAACCCUUCGGGCGGUCGGAGUGGACUCCUAAAUGCUCACAUUACAGACUCUGUAGCUGUGAUUGUUUGGAAAGAAAUUGGAAAAUAUUUAUUGUGUGUAAAUAUUCUAAAUAUAUCAGAGUAGAUAGCAGAAUAUGAUAAAAGAAACCCCUAUUGACGCUACGCAGGGCGACAGAUUUUAACCUUUGUGAAUCCUCGCUUUCCCCUUUUUUAAUUCCAAUUAUGUUGAAUUUUUUUGCAGUAAUUUAUUUUGUCUGAAUGGUGUAUUUAUUUUGUAAAUGUAUCAAGGUGCUGCUGACCUUCUAUAUUUUUGUACCAUAAUGCACUUUAGAUAUAUAAAUAUAAAUAUAUAUGCCAUUGAUUUUGUCAUUGACUCGUGUUUGUGGUUGAUUGAAAUGAAGAAGAAACGACGGUCGUCUCUCUGUGUCGUCUUUCCAAGCGUUCCCGUCUUUGUUUCCCUGCUGCUGUUUGUUCGGAUGUUUUCCGUUUGUCGUCUCCGGCCCUUCGACCCGCUCCGCUUCUCAUGGCCAAAGUUCACAUGUGUACAUAAACCAAACACGGCUUAUUAUUGUUGUUUUUGGCACUUGCACUGAGAUAAACAGCCUGUACUGAAUGGAUUAAACA